AUGUCUUCCAAAAAAGUAUUUAAUGUCAAUGACAAAGUCUUUGCAAAAAUACGAGGUUAUCCAGCUUGGCCAGCAAUAGUAUCUGGUGUUAAAGCUGAUACCCCAUCACGACAAAGGUAUAAUGUUUAUUUUUAUGGAACUGGCGAGCGUGCUGAAUGUAAAUCAGAGGAACUCUUUCCGUAUGAAGAAAACAAGUCAAAGUUAGGAAAACCAAAUAAACGUAAAUAUUUUGCUGAAGCUUUAUUACAAAUAGAGGAUGAUGAUGAAGGUCCAGUUUGUCCUGAAGAGAAUUUAAAAGUACCCGUCACAUCAAGUAACACUAGUAACAUAGAACAGGAAUCACCCAAAGAUGAAUCUAAAAACGAUAAUGAAGUUGAAAAAUCAAAUGAAUCUAAAUCAGAAAGUGAAGAAAAAUUAACAACCGAUGAGUCUACUUUGUCUAAGGGGAAAAAAGUUGUUGCGUCCAGAAAGAGUUUGGGUCUCUCAAUUACUAAAGGAACAAAAAGAAAAAUAUCUGAUGUAAAACCUGAAGCGCCUUUGAAGAAAUCUAUGUCAAAUAAACCAAAAAUCUUGGAAAGUUUGAACCUUAAAAGACAAUUAACAGUAGUGGUAGAACCAUUGGAAAAGGGUGUAAUAGAAAGAGCAAGGACACAGCAGAAAUUGGAGCAGGCUGCUGAGAAAAAUGAAAGUGUUGAUGAAAAAGUUUCUGAAACAGAUAAAGAAUCAGAAACUCCUAAUAAAACUGAGUCUGCUCUUGAAACUAGUGAUGUAUUGUUGGAUUCCAGUAAAUUGGUAAAAUCCUUGUCAAAAACAAAGAAUAGUCCUACAUCAAGUAGUGAUAUUUCUUCCACCAAUAGUGUAAAUGUAGGACAUGUAUCACGCUCUGGUCGUAAAAUCAAGCCAAAAAAAUAUUCUGAUUAUGAAAAUGAAUCAGAGGCGCCAAAACGUUCAAGAUUAAGCAAAGAAAAUUCCAAAAAUUCAGAAAAACAUAAUAGCAGCAAUAAUGAAACAGAUUCAUCAGAACAAAAUUCUAAAACAAAAGAUACAAAUUCAGAAACAAGAAAGACAUCUAAAAGCCAUGCGUCAGGAUCAGUACCACAUAUAAAUUCUUUACCAGCGGGUAAAGAUUUGGAGCAAAUUGAUGGUGAAAUUUCUGAAGACAGCGAAAUUCCGGUGGUAAUAAAAGAUCUCAUGGUGGGUGCUUUGUCAAACAUAGAAACUGGUUGGAUAAAAGCUGGUCCGAAAAAAAUAACUAAAAUUGAUAUAUUACAUACCGAAGUUGAUUUGUUAGAUUAUAUUCAUAAAUUACGUAUGGCUUUACGAACUGAUCAUGCUGAUUAUGAAGUAGCAUUAGUGUUAUUGGAGAAUAUUACUGAACUACAAGUUAAUGCAUUGAUGUUAAAAAAACAUCAAGAAAUUGUGAAUACAAUUAAAUCACUAACAAGAUAUACCGGUAAUGCUAGAGAGUGGAAUCUUAAUGAAGAGGAAACUAUUUUACAUAACGAAAAGUCAUCCCUAAUUCGACGCAAGGCUGAAGUAAUAUUUAAUAAAUUUAUUUCAUUGUUCACUGUAACUGAUGGGCAAUCAUUCGAAGAGAUAUUUAACAAAGAAGUUGAAGAAUUUUUUACAAAGACUAAACAUUUGGCUUGUGAUCAGAUAUAUGGGCUUACUUCAGACAAGGAUUAUAAUUAA